CUGAACAGCAACGGCAUCAAUGUUUUCCUUUCGUCACUUCAACGACACAAAUCCGAAUUAUUUAUUGAAAUUUAAUACAAAGCUGGUAGUUGACGACAUUUUAAGCAAAAAAUAUUUUUUUAAAACAAAAUUUUUUUUGUAAAUACUAAUCACUUUGGUAUAUUUAGAAGCGAAGGAAGAAAUAAAUUGAAGAAAUAAUGCUAUAUGGACAAAAAAGCUAACAUUAUAAGAUGCAAAAACCAACAGUUUUGUAUUCACUUCAACGUUCAUUACAAACAUUCUCCACAUUUACAUCAUCAGCCAGCUGUCUGUCAAAUGUUUGCUUUCAAAAAAAUUUGACAAAAAAUGCGAAAUCUGUAUGGGCAGGAAAACAAAAUUUUGUUUAUCACUGCUGUGCCUCAUUCAGUACAUCUUCUAGAGCUUUAAAAAAAUCUGAUGGCAUUGGUAAUCCACCUAUAAAUGGUGGUGGCUCAAAUAGUGGAAAAGGAACAAGUGGUAAUGGAAAAGGAAAUCAACUUUGUUGCCCAAAGUGUGGAGAACCAUGUACCCAAGUUGAAACAUUUGUUUCUGCUACUCGAUUUGUUAAAUGUGAAAAAUGUCAAAAUUUUUUUGUGGUUUUAUCUGAAUUAGAAUCAAAACGAUCAAUUCAUAACGAAAAAUACCAACAAGCACAACAGGAAACAUCUAAUCCUAACAACCAGAAUAAAAGGGUGAAGGAGCCUCCACCUCCAAAAAAGAUUUAUGAAUACUUAUCUAAAUAUGUAGUGGGACAAGAAGUGGCUAAAAAAGUACUUUCGGUUGCUGUGUACAAUCAUUAUAAAAGAUUAUCUGUAAACUUAUCUGGCCAACUUGAAUCUAAUGCAUCAGACAGUGUUAGUUUUCAAGACGAACGAGCAAGAUCUCAAGCUAAAGGAGACUUUCUUCAGAUUGCUUCUGGUAAGAAUGAAUCUUCUCCAUUAGGAGCUGUUUAUACUUCUGACAGUUUAAAAGAGCCGUUGCAACCCCCUCCAUCAACAACUUCAAAUUUGGACAAAUUUAACGAAGAUUCAAUAAAAAUUGAUAAAAGUAACAUCUUGUUGUUGGGACCAACAGGAUCAGGUAAAACCUUGUUAGCGCAAACUAUAGCUAAGUGCCUUGAUGUCCCAUUUGCCAUGUGUGACUGUACUUCACUUACGCAAGCUGGUUAUGUUGGAGAAGAUAUUGAAUCUGUAAUCACUAAACUUCUUCAAGAAGCUAAUUACAAUGUUGAACUUGCUCAACAAGGAAUAAUAUUUUUGGACGAGGUUGAUAAAAUCAGCUGUGUUUCGGGUUUUCAUCAAGUGAGAGAUGUUGGUGGAGAAGGUGUGCAACAGGGUCUAUUAAAAAUGUUAGAAGGUACAGUUGUAAACGUUCCAGAACGAACUUCACGAAAAAUGAGGGGUGAAAAUGUCCCUGUUGACACUACCAAUAUUAUGUUUGUAGCAUCUGGUGCAUUUAAUGGUUUAGAAGAUAUAGUUAGGCGCAGACAGCAGGAUAAAUCACUUGGUUUUGGUUCAUCUACAAAAAAAAAGUCAAACGAAAUAAUGGACUUACAAACAAUAUCUAAAUUAGAGCCAAGCGAAAGAAGUGAUCGCGAUGCUCUCCUUGCUCAAGUUGAAGCUCGUGAUUUGAUUGGAUAUGGAAUGAUACCUGAAUUUGUUGGCAGAUUACCUAUAUUAGUUUCAAUAAACUCUCUUGAUGUAAACGCCUUAGUUACAAUCUUAACAGAACCCAAGAAUGCGCUUAUACCCCAGUAUCAACAUCUUUUUAAAAUGGACAAGGUUGAUCUUCAUUUUACAAAGGAUGCUCUACGCAAAAUAGCACUCUUAGCUCAAGAACGGAAGACUGGUGCAAGGGGUUUAAAAUCUAUUUUAGAAAAAAUUUUGUUGGAUCCGAUGUUUGAUGCCCCUGGAUCAGAAAUUUCUGCUGUUUAUAUUGAUGAAGAUACCGUUACAGGAAAAAAAAAACCUGGUUAUGAAACACGAGACAUUAAAGAAAACGUCCAUGAUCAGAACGCUGAAGAAGAUGUCGUCAUAAAAGCUUCUUCUUUUUUGUAAUUGAUCCAAUAUAUCCAAAUAUUUUUAUAUGUUUGUGUUUGUAUAUUGAGUUUAUUAUAACUGGUUAUAGAACACAAUCAUGUUUAUUAGGUUUGUCAUUAUGUUGAUAAAAUCAUUUUGAUAGAUUCUUA